GCCCUCGGUGCUCCGCGCCGUGCGUCCGCCCAGUCGUCAUGGCCGGGCUCGUGGUCAGUGGAACUCAAGUGUCCUACAUAGGCCAGGACUGCAGAGAAAUUCCAGAGCACCUUGGCAGGGACUGUGGACAUUUCGCAAAGAGGCUCGAUCUGAGCUUUAACCUUCUGAGGUCACUGGAAGGACUGAGCGCGUUCAGGAGCCUGGAGGAACUCAUCUUGGACAACAAUCUGCUCGGGAACGACCUCGUGUUGCCAGGGUUACCCAGGCUUCAUACCUUAACCCUCAACAAGAACCAGAUCACUGACUUGGAGUGUCUUCUUGAUCACCUGGCAGAAGUGACACCAGCUUUGGAGUACCUCAGCCUGCUGGGUAAUGUGGCCUGUCCCAACGAGCUGGUCAGCUUAGAAAAGGAUGAGGAAGACUACAAGAGAUACAGAUGCUUUGUUCUGCACAAGCUGCCCAAUUUGAAGUUUCUGGAUGCCCGUAAAGUAACCAGACAAGAACGAGAGGAAGCUUUGCUCAGAGGGUCAUUCAUGAAGGUGGUGAAGCCCAAG